UUUUUCUAGCAUAAAUGUGGCUUAUUCUCUUGUGGAUUUCAAUUAUCUCGGCUACUACAAUUAAUAUAUCUGAGAAUGAAACGAUGACCUACUUUGAAGUUGAGGUAAAUUCUACUACGCUGGAGUUUUAUGAAAAUGAAAAUUCGACAACUACAACAAUGCUAUUUUUAAAUAAAACAAACGGAACAGACGAGGGAUUAAACGGAACAACAACAUUAAAUGAGGGAAUAAAUGGAACAUCUAACGGAACUUUAGCCAAACCAACACUAAAAACAACUCCAAAACCAACACAACAAUUAAUAGAAAAUAAACAACAAAAUUCCCAAUCUUUAAGAUGUUUGGUAGGCACAAAUCCUUUAAAUAAAACAAAUCGUCCUCCACCUAUUGAACCCCUUUGGUGCAAUGAUACUGUGGAAUAUGAAAAGCGAAAAUGUUUAAAUAUUGUUUGCUAUACGGAUACUUAUGGAUCUUUUGUUUGGAAGUCUUGUGGAACUUGUGCAGGAGUUAGAGAUGUUUGGGGAAUGAGUCCAAGUUUUUACAAACAUUCCUGUAAAUGCUACGAAUGUGAUAAUGAAGAUUUGUGUAAUUCAAGUUUAUGGAAUUUUGGAAAAAUUUCUUUAAUUUAUUUUAGUAAAGUUUUUCUUCCUUUAAUUGUGGCUUUUAUGCUUUCAAAUAUUUGAAAUUGGAAAAAGAAGAAAUUUAAAUUUUAAUUAAAUUUUUUUUAUCAUUUUAAAAUUUUUAUUUGUCUAAUAAAUAUUUAAAUUUUAUUGCAUUUUUGUACCAUUGGAUCGUUUGUCCAAUUUUAUUUCUUAUUUUUAUUCAUUUUCAAUUUUUUGGCCUUUUGUCCAGUUUUCCCCAAAUAACAUUUUGUCCGUUUCUUAUUUUUGGCCUUUUGUCGAUUCCCUAUUUUGGGCAUUUUGUCCAAUUUUACCACUAUCGAUAUUCUGUCCAUAUUUUACCUUAGCGAUAUUUUGUACA